UUCUGAGAAAAAAAAAACAAAAUCAAAUUUAAUUUUUCAUUUUUGACAAAUUGAAAAAGUGAUUUUUAUUCUCCUAGAUGUCGCUACUUAUUGAUGAGUUUUUUAGGCAAUAACUGGAGCAGUGUAAAUAAUAAUGCAAUGUUUUGUUUUUACAUUCGAACUUUUUUGUUUGUGUUUUUGAAAAAUACGAAUCGAUUAAACAUCCAAAAUAAUGGAUCUUACCAAUACCAAAGCAGCAUUGAAUCUUUGAUCAAAAUCCAAUCUAUCAAUCAGAUUGUUGGAAGUGGAGCUGGAAACAAUAAAAAAACCGCUUCGAAUAUAGCCGCAUUGGAAACACUCAGAUAUCUGAUUGAGCAGAAUUAUAUUACAGAAAAGGAAUUUUCACAACAAUGCUUCGAAAUAUUGAACGUGAAACAUCUUUUGUUUACAGAUUCAGCAAAUAAAUCGGUUAAUUUUGCCGCUAAAAACACUCAAAUUCAACUACAAAGUUCUAGUAAAAAUAAUGAUAAAAAGACAGAAAAUGUUCAGAAUGCGAAACGAUCAUUUCGCAAUAAUCAUAAUAAUGGUCAGAAUAAUAGAAAUCCGAAACAUUUUUCCAAUUACAAUCAUCAACCUACUCAUCGUUUCGAUGCUCCUCGACAACCUGAUUAUUUUAAUGGCCCUACACAAUAUUCUGAACAUCCUUCACACGGUCAUUUUGAUGGCCCGCCACCACCUGGUCACUUCAACGUUCCACCAUCGGGUUAUUACAAUGGUCCACCUUCUGGUCAUUUCGAUUAUCCACCAUCGGGUCCGUAUGAUGUUCAAACACCUAACCAUUUUGCCGGACCACCGCCCAACGGCCAUUUUGAUGGAUCGCCACAAGGUCCUUAUGAUUUUUCGCUACCGCCGUCACACCGACCUGAUAAUCAUCAUUGGUAUCAUAAUAUGCCACCGCCACCAUCAUUACCUCAACAUCAGGAUAGGCCAAGAUUUGAUGAUUAUCAUCCACCGUUUCAACAAUAUCAUCGUAUGCCACCGCCAAAUCGAUUUCAUCACGAACCACGAAUUAACCCACAUUCAUUACGAAAUUCCAAUCAACAAAGAAAUCGUAAAUUACCGUUAGUACGAACACCUGAAACAUCUAUCGACGUUAACGAUCUUAGAAUGGGAAAUUUGGAAAUCAAUGAUCAACACGAAAUCAAUUUGAAUUCAUCCACGCGUACCACUUCGAAUAGUGAAGAAUCAUUAAUGAAUAUGGUGAAUGAUGCUAAAAAACGCAGAUCGGAUCCAGAUUCAGCUAGAAACAAAAUUGGCUUGAUUCACGAUGAAUGUAAAUUUAAUCUGGAUAAUUCAAAACAACAGCUGAACAUAUUUUUUCAAAUUAAUCGAAUCAAAGCUGAUUAUGAAUUUAGUUCUUUUGGACCUCCUCAUUUAAAAACAUUUGUGGCUAAAUUGAAAUUUUUUGUUUACAGGAAUAAGAAAGAAUAUUUUGCAGAAGAAAGAGGCAAUUCUAAACAAGAUGCAUCCCGUCAUUGUGCAUUGAAUAUUCUACAUAAACUUUACAAAGAUAAUCUUAUUGAUAGUUUUGAUUCAGAAGCUUUAUCCAAACGACAGCUAAUGAAAAUGUCUUUGAUCUACGUGCUCAACGUAAAACCCGAAUUGAAGGACCAUUUAGCACAAGCUUACAAUUAUAUUCAAAGCUAUAACCAUUAUGCACAACAAUUGCAGCUCAUUAACCCAACGUUGAAUUCGGAAGAAAGUGCACCGAAACCGGAAAAUAGUUUUCUUUAUUGGUGUCCACCAAUGGAGAAUUUCAAUCCAUGGACAAAUUCCAAUCUAGAUGGAACAUCGUUUGCUGGAAAAACUAAACAACAAAUUAACAUUGAAUUACAAAAUGAAUUUCAGACAAUGAUUAAAUCAACGAAAUUUCAAAGCGUUCUUCAAUCACGAAUGAAAUUACCAAUCUGGGAACAUAAGGAAAAAGUAAUUCAUAUGAUUGAAAAUAAUCCUGUUGUUAUCAUAAAAGGAUCGACUGGUUGUGGUAAAACAACUCAAGUUUCACAGUUUAUAUUGGAUUCAUAUAUCAAAGCUGCCAAUGGUGCUAACUGUAAUAUAAUUGUAACACAACCACGACGAAUCAGUGCCAUUUCUAUCGCCGAACGUGUUGCAUUUGAACGUGCUGAAGAAUUAAAGGAUGGAAACUAUUCAGUUGGCUAUGCCGUUCGAUUUGAUCAUGUAUAUCCACGGCCUUAUGGCUCGAUACUUUUUUGCACUACUGGACAUCUUUUACGACGAAUACAAGGUGGCCUGAAAGGUGUUUCACAUCUUAUCAUCGAUGAAGUUCAUGAACGUGAUAUAAACACUGAUCUAUUGUUGAUUAUAAUACGCGAUCUUAUCAAAUUGGAUUUGAAUAUACAUGUAAUCAUUAUGAGCGCUACGCUAGGUGUAUCACAUUUUCAAAAUUAUUUCAACUGUCGUAAUGUUAUGGAAAUUGAUAGCCAUGUAUUUCCGGUUCGCCGAUAUUAUCUUGAAGAUACGAUUGAAAUGAUUAAAUGGCGACCAAAAUCACUUUCCUACAUGGAAGAUGAUGUUGAAAUUACUGAAGAAAUUGAAAAUUCUGGACAAUUUGAAUAUCCGAACAAGAUAUCGCAAACUACGAUUGAUUUGUUAAAAGAAUUGAAAGAAGGUGUCAUCUGUUUUGAAUUAAUCGUCGCACUACUUGAAUAUAUCAAUUCAUUGACGAUAACCGGAUCGAUUUUGAUAUUUUUACCCGGAUGGAAUUCUAUAUUCAAUCUAUUGAAUUAUCUACAGCGUCAUCCUAUUUUUGGCAAUGAAAGCAAAUUCAUAUUAAUACCACUGCAUUCUCAAUUAUCACAUCGAGAUAAUAAUCGAAUAUUUUUGCAUUCAAUUCAACGAAAAAUAAUCUUAUCGACAAACAUUGCCGAAACCAGUAUAACAAUUGAUGAUGUCGUAUUUGUUAUCGAUACCUGUCUGAUGAAACGAAAAAUCUAUGAUUCACGAACAAAUUGUACAAGUUAUAUAAUUGAUUGGGUGUCACAAAGUAAUAUACAACAACGACAAGGACGUGCUGGUCGUGUACGAUCAGGUUAUUUUUUCGUUUUAUGUACCAAAAGACGAUUCAAUAUGUUGGAAGAGUUUAAGAAACCAGAGAUUCUUGUUUCUUCAUUAUUGGAAACUUCAUUAUUGAUCAAACAUUUAGGAUUUGGAUCGGUUACUGCUUUUCUACAACGAGCAUUGGAUCCACCAGCACCAAAAGCUGUUGAAGAAGCAUUAGCUACUUUACGAAUAAUCAAUGCUAUGGAUACAAAAAACGAAUUGACCGCUCUUGGAACAAUAUUGGCCAAAAUGCCCAUAGAUCCAAGAAUUGGACGAAUGGUUAUCGAAAGUAUACUAUUGAAUGUUGCAUCACCAAUCGUCACUAUUGCUGCGGCCAGUUCAAUCAAUUACGAAAUGUUUGAUAAUUCCGAUUUGAAUUUAUUAUUGCAAACAUUAUUACAAUUAGAUGAAGAACGAUUUUCUGAUCAUUUGAUUACAUUCAAAGUGUUUAGCAUGUGCGAUAAGAAUGAUACGCUAAAUACAAAAUCGAAUGCUUAUCGUUGUAUUAAUUUGAAUUCAAUAACUGUGGUAAGAAAUGCAAGAAGACAAUUAGUUUCUAUCCUAACAAAAUGUGGUUUCAAUGAAGAUUUAUUUACAAUUAAACAAUCAUAUCUAUAUACAACAGCUGAAUUCGACAUAAUCGCCGGAUUAUUAGUGACAGCAUUCUAUCCCAAUGUCUGUAUACAUAAAGAUACUCGACGUAUAUUGACCAAUGAAGAACGUAUCGGUCUUAUACAUAAAACAUCCGUUUUCUAUUCAUAUGUUAAUAAUCAGAAAUUAUCUCGUUCGACCAAUCUUAGAUCACCCGUAUUCAUUUACAGUGAAAAAUCACAGAAUAAGAAUCUAAUAUCAAGCAAACAGAUGACAAUGGUUACAUUUCUACAAUUAUUAUUGUUUGGAAUCAAAUCAUUCGAAUUUCCACCAAAUAUUGAUGGCGUCAAUACUGUUGCUGAUACCGUUCUUUUGGAUGGAUGGAUUGAAAUCAAAAUUGAUCCCGAAUUAUUUGACUAUAUCUGGCAAAUUAAAACCGAAUUUGAACAAUUAUUGACCCGAGUUUGUAAGAAUCCGGAUUAUGCUAAAAAUGAACUUGAUACUACCGUACUGAAUUCGGUUGCGGCAAUUUGUCUAUUUCAAAAUAUCGAAGUGAAUAUUAUUGGCAAAUGAUAAAAACAAUUGGAUCCAUUUUUUCAAUAAAAAAAUUUUUUUUAUAAUCACUUUUAUUAAAACCAAAAUUUUUUCCAAUAA